UCGCGGUAUAAGCACGUGUAUAACGUUAGAAUCGAUCCCAGUCAUGCGUAAUGAUCACGGGAACGACGCUUAUCUUUUACUCGAGAAUGGCAGCGUAUUUCCCGGCAAAAAAUUCGGCGCCCAUGUUCCCGUGGACGGCGAAGUUGUUUUCCAGACGGGUAUGGUCGGGUACCCGGAGUCCUUGACAGAUCCAUCGUACCACGCCCAGAUUCUCGUGCUGACUUACCCCUUAAUAGGGAAUUACGGUGUGCCUGGCAAAGAGAAAGACGAGAACGGAUUGUUGUGUUGGUUCGAGUCGGACAAAAUAUGGGCAGCUGGCUUGAUAGUUGGUGAGCUUUGUCAGACGCCGUCUCACUGGCGACAGACAGAGACGCUUUCGGCAUGGAUGGCGCGAGAAAAGGUGCCCGGAAUCUGCGACGUCGACACGAGAGCACUGACGAAAGUAAUCCGAGAAAAAGGGAGCAUGACCGGGAGGAUAAUUUGCCAACCUCCGCCGACGAGCUGCUCGAAUCCGUACCAGAUGACGAUGGAGGCACCGGCGAUAGACGACCCUAACCGGAGGAACCUGGUUGCCGAAGUGUCGAGAACGUCACCGAUGACCUUCAACCCCACCGGACAUCCCAAAAUAUGCGUGGUCGAUUGUGGGCUGAAAUACAAUCAACUGCGAUGUUUCCUCAAAAGAGGAGCCCGCGUCGACGUCGUGCCCUGGAACCACGACCUCGGGAGCGUCGAAUACGACGGUCUUUUCCUGAGCAACGGACCGGGCGACCCGAACAUGUGCAAAACGACGAUCGUCAACUUGAGAAAAGUUCUCGGACAAACGAAGGUCAAACCGAUCUUUGGUAUCUGCAUGGGUCACCAGUUACUCGCCUUGGCUGCAGGGUGCCAAAGCUACAAAUUAGCCUACGGUAACCGUGGGCACAAUCAGCCAGUGAUCCAUCACAGCACGAAACGUUGUUACAUGACGUCCCAGAACCAUGGAUUCGCGAUCGACUCCACGAAGUUGCCAGACGGUUGGGAGGAGUUGUUCACCAACGCGAACGACGGAAGCAACGAGGGAAUCGUCCACAAGACUCUCCCCUAUUUCUCGGUUCAAUUCCACCCCGAGCACACGGCAGGACCCGAAGACCUCGAGUGCCUUUUCGACGUAUUUCUUCAAACGAUUGAGACUCGGACGACGAGCAAGAGCGUAACGAUGAAGCAGAGACUCGACGAAGCGUUGAUCUACAGGCCGAUCGGUUCGUCCAAUGAUACGAGACCGAGGAAAGUUCUGAUCCUCGGCUCCGGGGGCCUCAGCAUUGGACAAGCCGGAGAAUUCGACUAUUCUGGAUCGCAAGCUAUCAAAGCGCUUCAGGAAGAAAACAUUCAAACCGUUUUGAUCAAUCCGAACAUCGCUACUGUUCAAACUUCCAAGGGCAUGGCAGACAAAGUUUACUUUCUUCCAAUUAUUCCACAGUACGUCGAAGAGGUGAUAAGGUCGGAGCGACCGGACGGAGUGUUACUGACCUUCGGUGGCCAAACAGCUCUCAAUUGCGGAGUGGAGCUCGAGCAGAGAGGCGUUUUUAAGGAGUACCAGGUGAAAAUUUUGGGAACGCCCAUUCAGUCGAUCAUUGACACGGAGGAUCGGAAAAUUUUUGCCGAAAGAAUCAGUACGAUCAACGAAAAAGUUGCUCCCAGCGCGGCUGUCUACUCGAUUCAGGAGGCUCUGGAAGCGGCAGAAAAGUUGGGAUACCCGGUAAUGGCCCGAGCAGCUUUUUCCCUCGGCGGUUUGGGCUCAGGUUUCGCGAACACGAAAGAAGAGCUCAAGACGUUGGCGCAGCAGGCGUUGGCUCAUUCUAGUCAGUUGAUAAUAGACAAAUCGUUGAAAGGGUGGAAGGAAGUUGAGUACGAAGUGGUGAGAGACGCCUUCGACAAUUGCAUAACGGUGUGCAACAUGGAGAACGUGGAUCCACUGGGAAUUCACACGGGGGAAUCGAUCGUGGUUGCACCGAGCCAGACUCUCUCGAACCGGGAGUACAACAUGCUCAGAACCGCUGCCAUCAAAGUUAUUCGACACUUUGGAAUAGUCGGCGAGUGCAACAUUCAGUACGCUCUAAAUCCCUUCUCCGAGGAGUAUUACAUCAUCGAAGUGAACGCGAGGUUGUCGAGGAGCUCGGCACUGGCGAGCAAAGCGACGGGAUAUCCGUUGGCUUACGUCGCCGCGAAACUCGCCCUGGAAAUUCCGUUGCCUCGGAUCAACAACUCCGUCACUGGAAAAACUACCGCCUGCUUCGAACCCAGCCUCGAUUAUUGUGUCGUCAAAAUACCGCGAUGGGAUCUGAGCAAAUUCCAACGCGUCAGCACGAAGAUCGGAAGUUCGAUGAAGAGCGUCGGCGAGGUGAUGGCGAUCGGCAGGAAGUUCGAGGAAGCGUUUCAAAAAGCCCUGCGAAUGGUGGACGACAACGUGACAGGAUUCGAUCCCUACGCGAAGGCGGUGAACGAAGAGGAGCUGGAAAAGCCAACUGACAAGAGAAUGUUCGUUCUCGCAGCUUCGAUAAAAGCCGGCUACACGGUCGACCGCCUCUACGAGCUGACGAAAAUCGACCGGUGGUUCCUCGAGAAAAUGAAAAACAUUAUCGAGUAUUACACCCUUUUGGAAAAUCUCGGAUUGGCCAGGCUCACACCCGCCGUGCUCCUCGGCGCCAAACAAUUCGGCUUUUCCGACAAACAAAUCGCCGGCGCUGUCAAAGGCGCCAUACUCGAUGUACGCAAGCAACGGAGGGAGAGCAACAUUCACCCUUUUGUUAAACAAAUCGACACGGUCGCUGCCGAAUGGCCGGCAACCACGAACUAUUUGUAUUUGACUUACAGUGGCUCGACUCACGACAUCGAAUUCCCUGGAACUUACACGAUGGUCAUCGGUUCGGGUGUCUAUCGCAUCGGAAGUUCCGUCGAAUUUGAUUGGUGCGCUGUGAGCUGCCUCCGCGAACUGCGCAAUCUGGGACGCAAGACAAUAAUGGUUAAUUACAAUCCAGAAACCGUCAGCACCGAUUACGACAUGUCCGAUCGUCUCUACUUUGAAGAAAUUUCUUUCGAAGUUGUAAUGGACAUUUACCAGCUCGAAAAUCCCGUGGGCAUCAUACUCUCCAUGGGAGGUCAAUUGCCCAAUAACAUUGCCAUGGAUCUCCACAAACAACAAGCCAAAAUCCUUGGCACUUCUCCAAUCAAUAUCGACGAAGCUGAGGAUCGAUUCAAAUUCUCAAGGACUCUGGAUCGCAUCGAAGUCUCACAGCCACGAUGGAAAAAAUUGACGGACUUGAAAUCAGCGAUAGAAUUUUGUGAAGAAGUGGGUUACCCGUGCUUGGUGAGACCAUCGUACGUUUUGAGUGGGGCCGCGAUGAACGUGGCACAUUCGGCCCAGGACCUGGAAUCGUAUUUGAAGAAUGCCAGUGACGUCAGUAACGAGCAUCCGGUUGUCAUUUCGAAAUUCAUCCUCGAAGCAAAAGAGAUCGAUGUGGACGCGGUUGCCUAUCAGGGCGUCAUAUUCUGCAUGGCUAUUUCGGAACACGUUGAAAACGCUGGUGUUCACUCGGGCGAUGCGACCCUCGUCACUCCACCGCAGGAUAUAAAUCCCGAAACACUCGCCAAAAUACAAAGCAUCACGAAAGCGAUUGCACUUGCCCUCGACGUCACGGGGCCAUUCAACAUGCAAUUGAUCGCUAAAGACAACGAGCUGAAGGUCAUCGAGUGCAACGUCCGAGUCUCUCGGUCUUUCCCAUUCGUCUCAAAGACCCUGGACCACGAUUUCGUGGCGAUGGCGACUCGUCUCAUAGUCGGCGACACCGUUGACCCCGUCGACAUACUUCGCGGAUGCGGAAAAGUCGGAGUCAAAGUUCCGCAAUUUUCUUUCUCACGGCUGGCUGGGGCCGAUGUCAUGUUGGGCGUCGAAAUGGCGUCGACCGGUGAAGUCGCUUGUUUCGGUGACAACAGGUACGAAGCUUAUUUGAAGGGGAUGAUGAGCACCGGUUUCCACAUACCGGAGAAAGGAAUUCUCCUCUCAAUUGGCAGUUUCAAGCACAAAAUGGAGUUGCUACCUUCCAUCGAGAACCUUUACAAAAUGGGCUACAAGUUGUACGCGAGCAUGGGAACGGCAGAUUUCUACACGGAGCACGGCGUUGCGGUUGAGCCAGUAGAAUGGACGUUCGAGAACAUCGAAAAUGUGAACGAAGAUUCGAGUACCAACGAACUUCGGCACCUCGCUGAUUUCCUGUCGAAAAAGCACUUCGAUCUGGUCAUUAAUCUUCCGAUGCGAAACGGAGGAGCGAGAAGGGUAUCGAAUUUCAUGACGCAUGGUUAUCGUACAAGGAGGCUUGCCGUUGAUUAUUCCGUGCCACUUGUGACUGACGUCAAAUGCGCCAAACUUUUGGUCGAUGCGAUAAGCAAGCUGGGAGGCAAAACGCCUCCGAUGAAAACGCACGCCGAUUGCAUGUCUUCGCGAAAGCUCCUCAAACUGCCCGGCUUCAUCGACGUCCACGUUCAUACUCGCGAUCCUGGAGCCACCGAGAAAGAGGAUUAUGCGUCUUGCACAGCAGCAGCUCUCGCCGGAGGUGUUACAGCGAUAUUCGCGAUGCCGAACACGAAUCCUGCUGUGGUCGAUAGUCAGUCGUUUGCUCAAGCGAAAGAGCGAGCCGUAGCUGGUGCGAGGUGCGAUUACGCAAUUUUCGUCGGUGCAUCAUCGGACAAUUGGAACGUAGCUCCGGAGUUAGCCCCCCUGGCUGCGGGCCUUAAGAUGUAUUUGAACGAGACAUUCACGACUCUGCGACUGAACGACGUCAGUGUUUGGAUGAAGCACCUCGAAACGUGGCCGAAAAAAUACCCGGUGUGCGUUCACGCCGAGGGUCAAACGACCGGAAACGUGAUUCUCCUGGCGAGCUGUCACAACCGAUCUGUGCACGUGUGUCACGUGGCACGAAAGGAAGAAAUAUUGAUAAUUCGAGCAGCGAAAGAAAAGGGUCUUGCUGUAACCUGCGAAGUUUCGCCACAUCACCUUUUCCUGAAUCAAACCGACCUUGAGAGAAUCGGUUACGGGAAAGGUCAAGUGCGACCGAUUUUAGGAACGCCCGAAGACCAGCAGGCGCUUUGGGACAACAUGGACAUCAUCGACUGCUUCGCGACGGACCACGCACCGCACACCGUCGAAGAGAAAACCAGCGAGAAACCUCCCCCCGGUUUUCCCGGACUCGAGACCGUUCUGCCGCUGCUUCUGAACGCCGUUCACGAAGGGAAAUUGUCACUGAAGGAUUUGGUCGACAAAUUCCACAAAAAUCCGAAACGGAUUUUCAGCCUACCGGAGCAACCGAAUACCUACGUCGAGGUGGAUUUGGAGAACGAAUGGGUGAUACCGGAGGCUCUGCCGUUCACGAAGUCGAAGUGGACGCCGUUCGCUGGAACGAAGGUCAGGGGCUCGGUUCACAGGGUCGUGCUCAGGGGCGAAGUCGCUUUCAUCGACGGCCAGGUUCUCGUUAAUCCAGGUUUCGGUCAGGAUCUGAGGGAGGUUCAAGCGAAUUUGAGCAGCCAAACGAUUCUUCUUCCCUUGCCAUCGGUCGACGUCAGCGCCGUUCCGCUUUCCGUUUUCGAGGGACUCAUUUCGCCAAAUUAUGAAAAAAGACCGCCGGAUGCAGCCCACGAAGAGCACAACGAAUUGCACAACAAUUUGCUCCAAAUCGGAACGAAGCCGGCUUCCCACCCGUCUCCGGACGUCGAUCCACGAAAUUAUUCCGCCAAACUCGCAGCUCUUCCGAACUGCCUUUCUCCCGUGUCGUCGAGCAUCGUCACGGCUUACAAAACCGAAAACAGUGCUCAUCUCUGCGCCCCGAUCGCUCCGCCACUUCCGCGGAUUCAUCCCAGUCGCAGCAUCUACGGAAGGCACAUUCUCUCCGUUGACAUGUUCAGCAAGGAACAGUUACACGAUAUGUUCAACCUCGCUCACACCUUCCGCGCUGACGUCACCAACAAGAGGCCUGUCCAUCACAUCUUGGCGGGAAGAGAAUUGAUGUCGAUAUUCUUCGAGAACAGCACACGAACAUCCUGCAGUUUUACGGUCGCGAUGCAUCGACUCGGCGGAACCGUCACGGUCGUUGACGUGUCUAAGUCUUCGAUCAAAAAGGGAGAAACUCUCGAAGAUACGAUAGCAGUGAUGGCCAGUUAUGGGGAUGCUGUGGUCGUGCGACACCCGGAGCCAGGUGCAGUCGAACGCGCAGCUCAACACUGUCGAGUCCCGAUGAUAAACGGAGGUGACGGAGUUGGCGAACACCCGACCCAAGCCCUCCUCGAUAUUUUUACAAUCAGAGAAGAGAUCGGCACCGUGAAUGGUUUGACGAUAACGAUGGUCGGAGAUCUGAAGCACGGAAGAACGGUUCAUUCGCUCGCGAGAUUGCUGACUCUGUACAACGUUCAAUUGCGAUACGUCAGCCCCCCUGAACUCGGAAUGCCUGAUCACAUAAUCAGUUACGUAACCAAGCGCGGAAUACGGCAGAAAAAGAUUGCUAGCCUCGAAGAGGUUCUUCCUGAAACGGACGUUUUGUACAUGACCCGAAUUCAACGCGAGCGAUUCACCACUCAAGAAGAAUAUGACAAGGCCUGCGGUCACUUCGUAGUGACACCUCAGCUCAUGACACGAGCCAAAAGGAAAAUGGUCGUGAUGCAUCCUUUGCCAAGAGUAUUCGAAAUAAGUCCUGAAUUCGACACGGACCCAAGAGCCGCCUAUUUCCGGCAGGCCGAGUACGGCGUGUACGUCAGAAUGGCGCUUCUUUUCAUGGUGCUUGGAAACGCCUGAAACUCUUGCCAAACAGCCAGGAACAAAGCGCUUUCUUUACGGGUUACCACUUACUUUCGAUUUUAUGUAAUCAGACAUUCCGGUCGAAUAUUUUGAAGCAGGCACACAAGUAAGAUCUAUUUUACGAUUAUAAAAUCGUUAAUCCUUGUAAACGAUUUUAUUGAUGUUUUUCAAAGUCAUUUCUCCAAAUAAAAGCUUUUAAAUAUUGGAAAA